AUGUCUUCCAUUGGAUGCAUCCAUGUUGAGGCUGAGAGCCUGUCACGUAGACUGAUAUACAUUUCUUUCACAUUAAGCUGGCCAUUGCUUUAUUGGAUGCUUAAGGCUGAUAGGUCUUGGCCUCGCCCACAGGAUGUGGCUUGGCAAUCCCCUUAUUUAAAUUGCUUCAGCAUGCAGCCAAAGCCCAGUUUACCUGGUCUUCCAGCAUAUCUAAAUUCUAGCACUUGCAUGUUUCCUUCAACGGAGUUAAUAAUUUUUGACCACUCUGAUAAUAAGACAAGGUUGUGUUAUGCUCCUGUCUUCCCUCUUGUACGCAGCCCAACUGUUAAUGCUACUAAAUUUUCUCAAAGUUAUGAUGUUAAUGGAGAGGGACAGGCAAGAAGUGAAAACCAAGAAGCCACAGAAGAAAUCAAUGCAUUGCUUUAUUCUGACAACGACAAUGACGAAGAUAAUGAUGAUAAUUGUUAUGAGGUAACAAGUGCAGGUCGUUCUCCUUUGGAAACUAAAAGGACUUAUAUGAUGCAAGAACAGUUUGAAGACAUGAAAGAGGAGGUUGCUAGCUGUGAUUGGCCUAACAAGAGGCUGAUGUUAAUGGAUGGUGGUUACAAUAGAUCAUCCCUUCCUGUUGACAAUGCUAGUUUGGUAAAACUAAAUGAAACCUGUGAGUGUGCCAGUGAUGCUGAAUCAAAGAAUUCUAGUGACUGGGUAUAUUCUGUUGAUAAAACUAAAGUAGAUAGUUCAAUGGUGGGCGAUACCAAAAUGAAAAGGGAUGAGAUCCGUAAAUCAUUGAGAGUUCUUGAGAAUUUAAUUCCUGGCACAAAAGGAAAGGUGCCACUAUUAGUCAUUGAUGGAACUAUUGAGUACUUGAAAUUUUUUAUGUCCCAAAAUGGUACUCUUGGAGUGAAAUAUGACCAAGUAUACUCACUGUCAUUGGCGUUGUAG